GUGGCGUAGUGUCGUAUGUGCCGGGGUAUGCUAGGAUGAUUACGAUCCAGGCUAUGGCGCUCCCUGGCCUGCAUCGUCAUCUGCAUGGCCAUUGUCUUUUCAAGCCACCAGAUGGUGUAGUGGUAGUCAGAGUGGGGUAUCACAUGGCUGCACUAUUUGCAUGGCAAAAUCUUUUUGCUUGCGAGGUGCUAAGAAUAACCGAGCUGUGGACUGAUCGAGCCUGGAGGCGUCGGAGGUUUGCGUUAUUGGCCUAGUCCGCCCUAGACGAGUCACAAUAAUGACAGCUUCAGGAGCCCAAAACAUAGGGGGCGUCCGACUAAGGUGGUCCUGCUUCUUUUCUGAAACCAUGCUGCGCAACCUUUCCCCAUACACCUUUUCAUGUCUGUACUCCGCUGCACGCAACAGGCCAUACUGACUGUCGGUCAACCCAUGAAAACGUGUGGAAAGUGCUGCGUUGUCAUACUAUGCUUUGGGAGACGCGUGGAUAGCGUAUAGGGAUACGGUAUCCGUCUUCCCUUGGUGCAUAAAACUAUGGCCAUAGAAUAGACUUUUUCUUAUCGCCCCCCUCUAGGUUUCCCAUUCGCCUCGAACCCCUUUUUAUGGGAAGAAAAAGGGUUAAGCCCAGGAUUUCCCAGCCCAAGGUUGCCCGGCUGUCCUAUUUCAAGAAUGCCAGUUAACGAAGGUCCCGUCUCCCGGCUCGACCAUGUGAUUGGACCCGUUAUCCCGGAGGCCCACCCCUGGAUGAGCAGCGAAAGAACGCCCAGGAUCGGUGAGAAUACGACUGCUUCCGAGAUCCGAGAACUUGGUCUUAGCUACGGAUGGCGGAUGCUGAUUGGCAGCGGGGGUCUUUCACAGGAUUCGUGCGUCCGAGAAAGUAAUGUGGGUGACCACUCAUGUCUAGUGACGAAAGGGUCCAUGAUUGGCGCCAGGAACAUUAAGCGGACUUGAGUUCGAAGAUAGCAAGUAACAGUGGACUAGAUGGAUAGUAGAGAAGUUGUAGCUAGAGAACUGACUUAAAGUACUCUGAUUCUGGUUCACCAUUCGGAGUACUUUUACUCCGGUCUCUGGUAAGAUCGGAGGCUGGAUCAUUUUACCAUAGCUUUUCUGGGGAUUGAAAACAGGUCAAGAAAGGUGUAACCAAACGCAGAAGCAAUCUUCAUUCGUUUGUAGAUGAUGGAUGGACCUCCAACCGAACGACGAUUGUGUGCCAGCCCAGAGAAAGGGACGGGGGAGAAUAACAGAAGGAAUAACAAGGGAAGAAGAAGACCUGAGUUGAUGGGUCCGGCUGCAGGCUGCAGUCUGAUUGAUCAGCUGCUGCUCUCCGACCCAA